GGAAGUGAGGCCGCGGCGGAGGGGACGGGGCUGGGCCGCGACGCCGCCUGACGCGACGCGUCCUCACGCGCGCCUACGUCACGGCGGCGGGGCGGAAGAUGGUGCACCUCGGGGCCGGCUGUUGCUGAGCUGACCCGGACGGCGAGGGAGCGGGAGCCCGAGCCCGACCACUCCGGCUGCCGCGGGGUGCGGCGCAGCCACCGCCAUGUCGCUGCUGCAGUCGGCGCUCGACUUCUUGGCGGGUCCAGGCUCCCUGGGCGGUGCUUCCGGCCGCGACCAGAGUGACUUCGUGGGGCAGACGGUGGAACUGGGCGACCUGCGGCUGCGGGUGCGGCGGGUCCUGGCCGAAGGUGGGUUUGCAUUUGUGUAUGAAGCUCAAGAUAUGGGGAGUGGCAGAGAGUAUGCAUUAAAGAGGCUAUUAUCCAAUGAAGAGGAAAAGAACAGAGCCAUCAUUCAAGAAGUUUGUUUCAUGAAAAAGCUUUCCGGCCACCCGAACAUUGUCCAGUUUUGUUCUGCAGCAUCUAUAGGAAAAGAGGAGUCGGACACGGGGCAGGCUGAGUUCCUCUUGCUCACAGAGCUCUGUAAAGGGCAGCUGGUGGAAUUUUUGAAGAAAAUGGAAUCUCGAGGUCCCCUGUCGUGUGACACGGUUCUGAAGAUCUUCUACCAGACGUGCCGCGCCGUGCAGCACAUGCACCGGCAGAAGCCGCCCAUCAUCCACAGGGACCUCAAGGUUGAGAACUUGUUGCUUAGUAACCAAGGGACCAUUAAGCUGUGUGACUUUGGCAGUGCCACGACCAUCUCGCAUUACCCCGACUACAGCUGGAGCGCCCAGAGGCGAGCCCUGGUGGAGGAAGAGAUCACGAGGAAUACAACACCAAUGUAUAGAACGCCAGAAAUCAUAGACUUGUAUUCCAACUUCCCGAUCGGCGAGAAGCAGGAUAUCUGGGCCCUGGGCUGCAUCUUGUACCUGCUGUGCUUCCGGCAGCACCCUUUUGAGGAUGGAGCAAAGCUUCGAAUAGUCAAUGGGAAGUACUCGAUCCCCCCGCACGACACGCAGUACACGGUCUUCCACAGCCUCAUCCGCGCCAUGCUGCAGGUGAACCCGGAGGAGCGGCUGUCCAUCGCCGAGGUGGUGCACCAGCUGCAGGAGAUCGCGGCCGCCCGCAACGUGAACCCCAAGUCUCCCAUCACAGAGCUCCUGGAGCAGAAUGGAGGCUACGGGAGCGCCUCGCUGUCCCGAGGGCCACCCCCUCCCAUGGGCCCCUCUGGCAGUGGCUACAGUGGAGGCCUGGCCCUGGCGGAGUACGACCAGCCGUACGGCGGCUUCCUGGACAUUCUGCGGGGUGGGACAGAGCGGCUCUUCACCAACCUCAAGGACACCUCCUCCAAGGUCAUACAGUCCGUCGCUAAUUACGCAAAGGGUGACCUGGACAUAUCUUACAUCACAUCCAGAAUUGCAGUGAUGUCGUUCCCAGCAGAAGGUGUGGAGUCAGCGCUCAAAAACAACAUCGAAGAUGUGCGGUUGUUCCUGGACUCCAAGCACCCAGGGCACUACGCCAUCUACAACCUGUCCCCGAGGACCUACCGGCCCUCCAGGUUCCACAACCGGAGGGUGCUCGAGGCCGAGGCAUUCCUUCCAGACACGACACUUGUCAGUAUGCAAAGGGACUCAAAGCCCAGGAACAGCCGACUGAGCUCUGUCUGCAAGGCCAUGGCAGCGCUAGUGCUCAGGUCCUGCCGCAGAGGUUCUCGCGCAGGUGGACGCCUGUUUAUGACACCAGCUGGCGGAGGCCCCGCACUGCAGGUUUCCGAGUGUGGCUGGGCAGCGCGGCGGGCCCCGCACCUGCACACCCUGUACAACAUCUGCAGGAACAUGCAUGCCUGGCUGCGGCAGGACCACAAGAAUGUCUGCGUCGUGCACUGCAUGGACGGGAGAGCCGCGUCUGCUGUGGCCGUCUGCUCCUUCCUGUGUUUCUGCCGCCUCUUCAGCACCGCGGAGGCCGCCGUGUACAUGUUCAGCAUGAAGCGCUGCCCACCAGGCAUCUGGCCGUCCCACAAAAGGUACAUCGAGUACAUGUGUGACAUGGUGGCAGAGGAGCCCAUCACACCCCACAGCAAGCCCAUCCUGGUGAGGGCCGUGGUCAUGACGCCCGUGCCGCUGUUCAGCAAGCAGAGGAGCGGCUGCAGGCCCUUCUGCGAGGUCUACGUGGGGGACGAGCGUGUGGCCAGCACCUCCCAGGAGUACGACAAGAUGCGGGAUUUUAAGAUUGAGGAUGGCAAAGCGGUGAUUCCCCUGGGCGUCACGGUGCAAGGAGACGUGCUCAUUGUCAUCUAUCAUGCCCGGUCCACUCUGGGCGGCCGGCUGCAGGCCAAGAUGGCAUCCAUGAAGAUGUUCCAGAUUCAGUUCCACACGGGGUUUGUGCCUCGGAACGCCACCACUGUGAAAUUUGCCAAGUAUGACCUGGACGCGUGUGACAUUCAAGAGAAAUACCCGGAUUUAUUUCAAGUGAACCUAGAAGUGGAGGUGGAGCCCAGGGACAGGCCGAGCCGGGAAGCCCCGCCAUGGGAGAACUCGAGCAUGAGGGGGCUGAACCCCAAAAUCCUGUUUUCCAGCCGGGAGGAGCAGCAAGACAUUCUAUCUAAGUUUGGGAAGCCGGAGCUUCCCCGGCAGCCCGGCUCCACGGCUCAGUAUGAUGCUGGGGCAGGGUCCCCGGAAGCCGAACCCACGGACUCCGACUCACCGCCAAGCAGCAGCGCGGACGCCAGCCGCUUCCUGCACACGCUGGACUGGCAGGAAGAGAAAGAGGCAGAGACAGGUGCAGAAAAUGCCUCUCCCAAGGAGAGCGAGUCUGCCCUGAUGGAGGACAGAGACGAGAGUGAGGUGUCAGAUGAAGGGGGCUCCCCGAUCUCCAGCGAGGGCCAGGAGCCCAGGGCCAACCCGGAGCCCCCCGGCCCGGCAGCAGGGCUGGUACAGCAGGACUUGGCUUUUGAGGUGGAGACGCCGGCUGUGCUGCCGGAGCCUGUGCCACAGGAAGACGGGGUGGACCUCCUGGGCCUGCACUCCGAGGUGGGCGCAGGGCCAGCUGUACCCCCGCAGGCCUGCAGGGCCCCCUCCAGCAACACCGACCUGCUCAGCUGCCUCCUUGGGCCCCCCGAGGCCACCUCCCAGGGGCCCCCGGAGGAUCUGCUCGGUGAGGCCCCCCUGCUCCUGGCAAGCCCGGCCCCUCCCCUGAGCGUGCAGAGCACCCCAAGAGGAGGGCCCCCUGCCGCUGCUGACCCCUUUGGCCCGCUCCUGCUGUCUUCAGGCAGCGACUCCCAGCCCUGCACCAAUCCUGAUCUCUUCAGCGAAUUUCUCAAUUCUGACUCUGUGACCGUCCCACCAUCCUUCCCGUCUGCCCACAGCGCUCCGCCCCCGUCCUGCAGCGCCGACUUCCUGCAGCUGGGGGAUCUGCCAGGAGAGCCCAGCAAGAUGACAGCCUCGUCCAGCAACCCAGACCUGCUGGGAGGAUGGGCUGCCUGGACCGAGACUGCAGCGUCGGCAGUGGCCCCCACGCCAGCCACGGAAGGCCCCCUCUUCUCUCCUGGAGGUCAGCCGGCCCCUUGUGGCUCUCAGGCCAGCUGGACCAAGUCUCAGAACCCGGACCCAUUUGCUGACCUUGGCGACCUCAGCUCCGGCCUCCAAGUGACCCCCGGACGCUCCAGCAUGCAGCCCCAGGCGAUGGCGUCGGCUCCUGCUCAGCCCCGGGAGCAUCUCCCGUCUCCUCAUCGUUUCUCCUGUCCGCCCUGAGUGCCUCAGAUUCCUGCGAGCAGGUGUCGGCGUCGGAUGUCUAGGGCUGGCUUCGAGUCCUCACUCUCUCCCGGGCUGCUUCGAGUCCUCACUCUGCUCUCACGAGCUCGCAUCUGAAGUGCCUUCUGUUCUGUCACGAAGUCCCAAGAGUUUUUUCGUCUUUGAAUGUUCUUUUUAUGUUUCGGAUGAUUUGGGGGAUUUAUUGUGUCUUUUGAGGACAUCCAUGAGUGUUUCUGUCCGUGUUCUUUUGUAUUUUCUUUCCCUUUGUGGCCUCUGUCUUAUGUUGUCUGAGCACGGUGGGGUUGUGGGGGCCGUGCCCUCGGGAGGAGACCUGCAUGUGCCUUGACUCCCCUGGGCAGCUGACACUGGGGCAGAAGGAGUGGACUCCCAGGGAUCCCCGCCGUCUGUGUCCUAGACACAGCCCCAGCCCUCCGCCUGCUGGCUCGGUGGGCGGCCUGAAACCAUCCUGCCUUCUAGGAAGACAGCAAUUCUGAACAAAGCAAAGCCGAUACAACUGAAGGAAAAAAUAGACAAACCCAAAUCAUAGCUGGCGACGUCAGCACUGCUGUCCCGACACGGGACGGAGCAGCUGUACUGAAGGCUGCGAGGAUGUAGAAGGGUGGAGGCACCAGCCAGCAGGGCCCACCAGCUGCAGGCACGGACCUUUGCAUGCACUGUGGGAGCCUCCUCCACGCAGGCCCUGUCCUCAGAGAACUAGGAUUCUGCGGUGUGCUGUCUGACCACAGUGAAAUAGAAUGGAAGAAUCUUCACACUUGGGAACAAAACAGCACACUUUCAAAUGACACCUGGGCCAGAGAGGAGGUCUUGAGGGAAAUGAUGCGUGGAGCUGAGUGAAGAUGCAGGUGCAGCCUAGGAAAGCCCAGGGCCCCACCAGGCAGUGCGGAGACACCCCCAGCCAUGGGAGCUUGCUAUGGAAAAGCUGGAAUGUCCCGGCAGUAACCUGAGCUCUCUGCACAAGACAUUUGGAAAAAAAAAGGAGCGAAAUAAGCCUACAGCAAGCGGAACUAAAGAAAGAAUGAGGAGCCACGGGCAGUGCAGUGGAACACAGGGACAGAAGCCAGUUCUGAAGCCCACAGACCUCUCCCGGGACUGCGGGGAGGAGUGACCCGGGUCAUCAAUAAGUGGGGUGGUGCAGGAGGCACCACCGCAGACCCCACAGGCUCUACGAGGGUCACGGGUGCAGGCGCCUCUGUGCAGUAUUCUUGACAACUUCCGUGAAAUUGACAAAUUCCUCAAAACCAGUUACUGCCACAACUUACCCAAUAUCAAGUAGAUCCUUUGAAAAAUUCUAUAAAUAGCCGGGCGCGGUGGCUCAAGCCUGUAAUCCCAGCACUUUGGGAGGCCGAGGCGGGUGGAUCACGAGGUCAGGAGAUCGAGACCAUCCUGGCUAACACGGUGAAACCCCGUCUCUACUAAAAAAUACAAAAAAAUUAGCCGGGCGUGCUGGCGGGCGCCUGUGGUCCCAGCUACUUGGGAGGCUGAGGCAGGAGAAUGGCGUGAACCCAGGAGGUGGAGGUUGCGGUGAGCCGAGAUCGCGCCACCGCACUCCAGCCUGGGGGACAGAGAAAGACUCC